AUGCCAAACCAGAAGGCCGAAGAGUAUGUGACAGUGGACACACACGAAGGCACUAUCAGAGGGAGGCUGGCAGAGACGUACACGGGCAAACCCAUGUUCAGGUUUGAAGGUAUCCCGUAUGCAGAACCGCCCAAAUGGGAUCUUCGUUUCCAGCCACCAGUGAGAAAAGCGGCGUGGUCCGGUGUCCUGGACACGCUGGCAGCCUCUUGGGCGUGCACGCAGUACUCCAAGUACGCGACCGGCUUUGAAGACUGCCUGUUCAUCAACGUUUACGGACCUGGUACUCCGCAGAAUGAAACUCAGAAGGCUGUUGUGGUGUGGAUCCACGGCGGUUGCUUCACGUCGUCUUCUGGAACCAGCGGCGUGCCGUACUAUUUCGUGGACAGCGGCGUCAUUUUCGUGACCUUCAAUUAUCGCCUCGGAAUUUUCGGUUUCUUAAGCACUGGUGAUGAAGUCGUUCCUGGAAACAUGGGUCUCAAGGACCAAGUAGAGGCCCUUCGCUGGGUGCAAAGAAAUAUAGCGGUGUUCGGCGGCGACCCACAGCGGGUUACCAUACUCGGUGGAAGUGCCGGAAGCGCGUCCGUUCAGUACCACCUCCUCUCUCCCAUGAGCAAAGGACUGUUCAAGAACGCUAUAGCAAUGAGCGGGUCAGCGUUAAACCCUUGGGCAUUCUCUAAAAACCCAAGCGACAGGGCAAUACGGUACGCCAAAACUUUGGGAUAUAACGGAACGACUUCAACUGAACUUUUAGAAUUCCUGAAAACUAUUGAGGCGAGAACUCUCGUAGUGGACAGAAACAGUGCUUUAUCGGAAGAGAACGAAGAUGGGGAAUCAUUCAGAUAUUUUGGCAGAGGAAUUAAUUAG